AUGUCAACCCCAAACCCCUCUACCACGAAGAGGCCCUGGGGCACCAAACUCUACGCAACACUAACACAAGACAGGCCCCACCCAUAUUCGCAACACAACCAGCAGCAGCCGCAGCAGCAGCAACAGCAGCAUCAGCAGCAGCAGCAGCAAGACAGUAGAGGAGGGGCACGAGGGCGAUCUCCCAGUUUGCGCCGCGUUGGCGAACUUUUCAGGAAAUUCAUCGGGCCGGCCAGCGCUCAUCAAAAGGCGGAAGGAGAAAAUCCCUAUUCUUAUCAAGAAGGUGACCAAGGAGCAGCAGCAGCAGCAGCUGCUGCUGCUGCUGCAGCAGCAGUAGCAGCGGGGGAGGCACCACGGCCAGCAGCAGAACGCCCGAGAAAUCGUUCUCAUUCUGUUGAGCAGUUCUUGAGGCGCCUGCUGCCAACAACAUCAGCAGCAAAACCACGAAGGUCUGGCACAACACAGUGCGCUGCUGCUGCAGCUGCUGCAGCUGUCGCUGCAGCGGCUGCUGCGGCUGCUGCUGUAGGUUGUGAUAGCGGCCAGAAGUACGAGGAUUGCCAAGCGACAGAGCAGCAGCAACAAGCAGAGCAGCAGCAGCAGAAGCAGCAGCAGAAGCAGCGGCAGCAACAGUACAGCGCUGCCCGAGGUCGGACGCAACAGCGCGCUGGGCCCAGUGGAAUGCCGCACCGCAGCAGCUACAGCAAAAGCAGCACUCAGGACACUACAGCAGCAGCCACAGCAGCGAGAGCAGCGGCAGCAGCAACAGCAGCAGCAGCAGCAGUUGCUGCAGCAGCGAGGUCGCGUGAAGGCCGCGGUCAGGAGUUCUUUAGCGAAGAGGAGGGCGCAGCAGCAGCAGUGGCUGCCGCUGCUGCUGCUGCCGCAGCAGCAGCAGCAGCACGGACACAGGAUGAACGCAUGCGGCAUGGCAAUAGGAAGCGUGAGGACUCCCCCUUGCUGCAGAGCAGCAAGUGCAGGAAAGAGCAAAGCAGCAGCGGCAGCAGCAGCAGCAAACAGCGUUCCACUUGCCCUCCUCCAUAUCCUUCAUUUGCUGCUGAAGAGCACUGCAGCAGCGAGAGCAGCAGCAGCAGCAACAACAACGACAACGACAGCUGGCCAGGCACGGAGGACUUCAGUUCCUCACGGGGGUACGUGGGAGCUGGCGGCACAGCGGGCAGCAGCCGCAGCAGCAACAGCAGCAGCAGCAGCAGAAGCAGCAGCAGCACUCCGAAGGCAGGCAAAAGCACUAGCCAAGCUGCAGAAGAAGUAAUGCUGCUCGAAAGAAGAACAACCCAGAUCACCACCAUAACCACCAUCACUGCACAGCCUGACGUGGGCACCAGCACAUUCAUCCGCAGCAGCGAAGAAUGCACAGUAGACGAGCUGCAGAGACACUGGAGCUUCAGCAACGGCAUCAGCAAAACCAGAAGCAGCAGCAACACGAGCAGCAGCAGCGCAAACGAAGCUGCCACACGCACGGAGGAUGCCGGUGUACAGACACCCGCAUAUGUAGAGGAGGACGACUCCAUCGAAACGGAACAUCUCCAGCAGCAGCAACGACAGCAGCAGCAAGAAGAGCAGCAGCAGAAGCAGCAAGAAACGGAGCAGCAGCAGCAGCAGCAGCAGCAGCAGCAGCGUAGCGCGCAGUCUAUGCCUUGCGGCACCCCAAGCCCCAGCGCCAGCACUGCUACCUCUGUCUAUUCCCCUUUUUCAAUCAGUGAAGCUCCCGUAGACGGCCCAACAGAGCAGCAACAGCAGCAGCAGCAGCAACACAAGCAGCAGCAAGAGGAGCUGGAGCAACUGCAGCGAAACGAAAUGCAGCAGCGAAUGGAUUCAGGAGACUGCUGCUCUUUCAAGGGGGCGCAGGCAGACCUUCCUGAGCCACCUCAGCAGCAGCAGCAGCAAAAGCAACAGCAAGAGCAGCAACAAACUCCCCCGGAGUCGCUGCCUGUCUCUGCGUCCGUCUGUGAACAGCAGCAGCAGCAGCAGCAGCAGCAAGUGCUGCUGCUGCACGGCGAGGUUCCGCUGCAGGUGGCUUCGAAUGCCACAGACAGCUACGUUGCUUCUGCUACUUUUCCUUGGGCCUAUCCCGUACAGCAGCAGCAGCAGCAGCAACAACACGGGGCAGGCACUUCAGUGCCUCUCAACUGCGGCGAAUACUACGUGCUGCAGCAGCAGCAGCCACCACAGCAGCAGCCACCGCAGCAGCAGCAGCAGCCACCGCAGCAGCAGCAAACUUGCCAACUUCCAAGUUGCCUUCAAGGGGAGAGUCAGCAGCAGCUAGGGCCCCAACAGCUGCUUAUGUCUACGGAAGCGCUGCAGCAGCAGCUGCAGCAGCAGCAGCUCCUGCUGAAGUACCAGCAGGAGCUUCUUGAGGCGCAGCAGCAGCAGCUGUGGCGUCAGCAGCAGCAGCAGCAGCAGCUGCUGAUGCAGCAGCCGCAACUUAGAGCCCCCCGCGUGCGUCCUUUUUCUUACAAUACUGCAGCAGUAGCCCCAGGUAUAUUUGCUGGGCCUCCUGAUCCGCUGCUGGUAACGAUUCGCCCUGGGGUGUCUCGCCGCCCUGCUGCUGCUGCUGCUGCUGCAGCUGCCGCUGCUGUUGAUGCUGUUGCUGGCGCUGCUCUUGCAGGAGCGGCUGAUGCUUGCAAUGAUGCAGCGGCGCCAGUGGCUGAGAGUAUCCUUGGCAGCUCCGCUGUUGCUGAAGCGCAGCAACAGCAACAAAACAUGCAGCAGCAAGAGCAGCAGCAGCAAGAGCAGCAACAGCAAGAGCAGCAAGAGCAGCAGCAGCAAGACCAGCAGCAGCAGCAGCAGGAACAGCAGCAGCAGCAAAAGCCGCUGCCCUGUGUUGCUGUCCGUAGGGGAGGUUCGCGCACCCCCAAGCGCGUCAGCUGGGCCGAGAGCGAAGCAACGGCAGCAGAACCAGCAGCCGCAACAGCAGCAGCAGGAAGCGAAGAUGCAAGCGACGUUCCUCCUGGUGUUUCUUCUCUCCCUUUUGCUUUCUCCAAGCAACAAGAAGACGAAGUCUGGCUGUCGCCUUCAACCGGCAGCACUGCAGGCACGCCUCCGGCUGUAGAGGAGGAGGGCCUCUCAACCACCUCUCAGCUGCCUCUGUACUCAACAAUUAAUGAUGAAGCACUAGUGUACCUUCACUAA